GAGGUCUUAAGAUUCAGGUUUUUUUUAAAUAUGCGAAAUUAUUUCCGUCAAAAUUAUUACGCUCUUCAAAAGCACACACGAAAGCCUAAGAGGCAGAUUAACUCUGAUCACUAUCAACGUAAAAAAAAAAAAACUGAAGAGCUUGAAAAAAAAACUGAAGAUCUUGAAAAAAAAGUGAUCUUCCUUAGCGAAUAUAUCGCUAGAAUUAGUGGUCAAUUAGAUAUCCUAAAAGAAGAUAAAUUACAAUUGUCCGAGGAAAAUAAACAAUUGACCAUGAAGACCAUUCAUCUUCAACAGCAACUCCAACAGUAUGAUUAA